AUGACCUCAUUUUCCUCAAAUUCAGAUUCAUCUUCUAAUGAAGGAAAUCAUGUGUCUGUGUUUUGGGGUUGUGAAUUGAAUGCCACCACCCGGAGAUGUGUCGUGAAAGAAGAUGAUGACUUAUUAGAACACUUGGUAUAUUUGAGGACGGUCGCCCUGGGUGAAGAUGCUAAUGAUGAGACCCAUGUGGUGGCUGUCGAAUCAAGAAAUAUGGCCAGUGUUCCUGAGCCAGUACCGAUUGUAUCGUUGAAACAUUCUGUCUUACCAAUGGUUUGUCUUGACGGCUUUGAAUUACUUCCCCCAGUUUCUUUUAUCCUAAAAUCAGGAAUGGGUCCAGUAUAUCUCAACGGGCAGCACCUGAUCUUGGAGGAUGACUCCGACUACGAGCCGACGGAUGAUGAAAUUCCAGAUGAUGCUGAUGUUGACGACGACAGCUUUGAUGACGAAGAAGAACUACCAAGUCCGGAGAUGCCAGCUGAUAACAUGACUGAUAGCCAUCCGAUGCUGCUUCAUCCUUCACUUAGUUCAGAAUGUUGA